AUGUCGUCUCUUAAGACGCUCAAUCCCAAGGCGGAGGUGAUGGGGCGGCAGGCAGCCCUGUUUAUGAAUAUCAAUGCCGCCAAGGGACUCUAUGACGUGAUGAAGACCAACCUAGGUCCCAAGGGCACCAUUAAGAUGCUUGUGGGGGGCGCAGGAGACAUCAAGCUGACCAAGGACGGCAACGUGCUGCUGAGGGAGAUGCAGAUCCAGAACCCCACGGCCGUGAUGAUCGCACGUGCUGCCGUCGCCCAGGACGACGUCACCGGGGACGGUACCACCUCCAUGAUCAUCUUCAUCGGCGAGCUGAUGAAGCAGGCGGAGCGCUAUAUUGGCGAGGGCCUCCACCCUCGCGUCAUCGUGGAGGGUUAUGAGCUGGCCAAGCGCGCGGCGCUGACCUUCCUGGACGGCUUCAAGGAGGCGGUGGACGUGUCCGACCGCGAGGCCCUGCGCUGCGUCGCCAGGUCGGCGCUCCGCACGAAGCUGCGCGAGGACCUGGCCGACCAGCUCACCGACAUCGUGACCGACGCGGUGUGCAUAGUGCGCCCCGCCGACGGCGCGCCCAUUGACCUGCACAUGGUGGAGAUCAUGCACAUGCGCCACCGGCUGGACACCGACACGCGGCUGGUGCGGGGCCUGGUGCUGGACCACGGCUCGCGCCACCCGGACAUGCCACGCAGCGUGGAGCGGGCCUUCAUCCUGAACGCCAACAUCUCGCUGGAGUACGAGAAGUCGGAGGUGAACGCGGGCUUCUUCUACUCCUCCGCCGAGCAGCGCGAGAAGCUGGUGGCCGCCGAGCGCGCCGUCACUGAUGCCAAGGUCCAGCGCAUCAUCGACCUGAAGAACAAGGCGAGUGUGUGCCCCGCUGGCGAGGGCAGGGGCUUUGUGGUGAUCAACCAGAAAGGCAUCGACCCCCUCUCCCUGGACCUGCUCGCCAAGGAGGGCAUCCUGGCGCUCAGGCGAUCCAAGCGAAGGAACGCGGAGCGCCUGCAGCUGUCGUGCGGGGGCUUCGUGGUGAACUCCGUGGAGGAGCUCGAGCCAGAGUGCCUGGGCCAGGCCGGCAAUGUCUACGAACACGUCUUGGGGGAGGAGAAGUACACCUUUGUGGAGGAUGUGGCCAAGCCCACCUCCUGCACCAUCCUCAUCAAGGCACGUCGGCGGGGGGCGGCAAGCGAGGGGCCUGGCCCUGUGGGCCCCAACGACCACACCAUCGCCCAGAUCAAGGAUGCAGUGAGGGACGGGCUGAGGGCGGUGAAGAACACCAUCGACGACGCGGCGGUCGUCCCCGGCGCGGGGGCCUACGAGAUUGCGGCCGCCAAUCACCUGCGCAGCGUCACCGUCAAGACGGCCGAGGGGAGGGUGAAGCUGGGGGUGCUGGCGUUUGCGGAGGCGCUGCUCGGGGUGCCAAAAAUCCUGGCCGAGAACUCUGGUUUCGACCCGCAGGACGCCAUCAUUGAGCUGACGAGUGAGGCUGAGGCUGGCGGGGUGGUGGGCAUCAACAUCGCCACCGGCGAGGCCUGCGACCCGCGCACGUCUGGCAUCUUUGACAACCACAUCGUCAAGCGCCAGAUCAUGCAGAGCGCGCCCAUCAUCGCCUCCCAGCUCCUGCUGGUGGACGAGGUCCUCAGGGCAGGCAUGAACAUGCGGCAGCGGUAG